AUGAGUGAUGAGCUUUCAAGAAGAGAACAGAUUCACGUGGAGACAAAAGACAAACUGACUGCUGUAGAAGAAGAACUAAAGAUUUUUAAAGAGGAACUGAAAGCAAAAGAAAGAGAGUAUUCAACAAACAUAACCAAGUAUCAAAAAAAAUUCAAGCAAGUCAAUCAGAUUUUGACAAAACUUUUAAAGAACUAUGCUUCUCCUAACUGUGGCAAAUUGGCCUUCUACCUGCUGACUGCAGGGAAAAAUAAUUGUGCUGAAAGAAAACUAAAACAGGGAAAGCUUGGAGGGAAAGAAGAAGAACUUAAGGCUCAGAACUCAGUUGUUGACCAACUCAGAGCUUACAUCACAGAGAACCUGCCAAACACUCAGAUGGAGAAACUUCAAAAAGAGAACGAAGAAGCAAAGCAAAACAUUACCAACUUGUUACAGGAAAAUGAGCAAUUAAGAUCUAUGGUAGAACCUCUCAAUGUAAGACUAUCAUCCAUGAAUGAAAUUCUUUCCAUUCAAGAGAGAGAAUUAGUGAAGUUUCAAAGUAAAUUCACCAAGGGUGACAGCAGUCAAGGAGACAGUUUGCUUACAAAGUGGAGAGAGAACGUGAUUGCCUUGUUAGCUCAACUGAAAUCACAAGAGAUCACCCGUGAGAAGGAAGGAAGAAAUGAGAGGGCUCAGGAGAAACCAGAAAGAUUUUUGACUGCUUGA